UGUCCUUGCUGGGUGACCAUGAAGGCUUGUCUGCCUUCGUCUGUGGUGGCAAGUGCUCAGUCGCAUCCCCUGACGCUAGGGGGUGUGCUGAAGCCAUGGCUGUGGGAGCUGUGGCUCCUACUGAUGGGCUCUGGCUUGAAUGUCAACCCCCUGCCUCAUGAAGAGGAUGUAGACUUCAUCAAUGAGUACGUGACUCUCCAUAAUGAGCUCCGAGGCUCCGUCUUCCCGGAAGGGUCUAACCUGCGCUUCAUGACUUGGGAUGUAGCUUUAUCACGUACUGCUAGAGCGUGGGGAAAAAAAUGUACGAAUCAGCGUAAUACUCAUUUAAACAAAGGGCAUGAGUCCCAUCCUGUAUUUAGUGAUAUUGGCGAAAACAUGUGGAUUGGUCCUGAACAAGAAUUUGCUACAAAUAUCGCUAUCAAAACUUGGCAUGAAGAAAGGAAAAGUUACAAUUUUCACAAUGACACUUGCUUUGGAGAGGACUGUUCUCAUUAUGUUCAGCUUGUUUGGGACAGCUCCUACAAAGUUGGUUGUGCUGUGACUCCAUGUUCAAGAAUUGGAAAUAUCAAAGACGCAGCACUUUUCAUAUGCAAUUAUGCACCAGGAGGAACUAUGACAAGGAGGCCUUAUCAGGCAGGGGAAUUUUGUACUCGGUGUCGCUCUGAUGACAAGUGCACAGAUCUUCUAUGCAGUAAUGCAGAACGUGACCAAGCCACAUAUUAUCAAUUCUGGUAUCCACGUUGGGAAGUGCCCCGACCACUUGUGUGUGAUCCUCUAUGCUUAUUUAUCUUUUUACUGAGAAUAGCAUGUUUUGUGCUCUGUGUCAUCAUUGUUUUGAUAAUGCAGUCUCAAUUUCCAGAUAUCUUAGCUGAAAAGCAGAUGAUUUCUGAGAUUAAAAUAUUUUCAGCAGAAGAGGAGAAAGAGUCCAAUGAGGAAGAAGAGGAAGAAGAUGAAGGCUAGGGAGAAGACAGCCUAACAGAAGCCAACGCCCAAUAGAAAAAAACAAAAUCCCAGACAGCCUAACAGAAGCCAACGCCCAAUAGAAAACAAAAUCCCAAAAUGUUGAAAAGUAGAAUGUUGAACUUUAAGAGGAAAAUAUACAAGCCUUGAUUGUGAUUUUUUCAACACUUAUUUAACAAAUUUAAAUUGAAAAACAAAAACAGUGUGAAUACAAAGCUUGCAUCGUACAGAGACUAGUAAGCUCUUACAGACCCAGAGGGCAGAUAAUAGGAACAGCUACAACAACACAAGGUUGACUCAAGAGUUCCUUGUGGUAUCUGGUAAAAGGAGGGACUAUUUAUAUUUACAUCUCUCUGUGUAGCCCUUCUAUAUGCAUUAGCAAGUAUCUGAAGUAUUCAGUUAAAUGAAAUUGUCCAUGUAAGAUGGUUAGGACCAUUACAAGUUUAGAAUAGCCAUUUGAUUGACAAGUAUUACCUUGUUUUUAUUGUUACUAUUAUAGUUGUCAGUAGUGAUUGUAUGUGAUAUUUCAAUAUGAUAUCAAAACAUCAAAUGUUGUAUAUAUUUUAUGUACAUUUGUGAAACAAUUUACUUGACAUUUGCCCUUCCUGUUAGAAAAUAAAUGUAUAAUUUCUUCUUCAUGGCCAGUAAUUCAUGAAAGAUUUGCUGUAAUUUUUGUCUUAUAGGUUCAAUAAAUCCCAAACUAAUUCAUUGUAAAUAAACAAUAUAACUGCUUCUAAGUUUAUAUGAUAAAGUGAAUUGCAAGUAAUUAAUUAUAGUUAGUGUGUUUAGUAGAUGUUUACAC